GUUUACUUCCGCUACAGACCGGAAACAGGGAGCUGUCUGGAGGUGACCGAAUAGCAGAGCGUUGAAAGUUGUUUUCUGGGUUAUAAACGGAUUUCUUAUGUGUAGCGGUUGAAUUGUGCUGCAGUCUGUGGUGAUUUGCCGUGUGCAUAAUGGGGGCUCAUCUUGUGCGGAGUUAUAUCACGGAACCGGACACGACACCGGACCCGCAGAAAGCGUCUGAAUAUGACCCGCAGCUGGGCUUCGCGGAGCGGCAGGAGAGAGUAAUGGUGGCCACGCAGGAGCAGAUGAAUAUGGCGAUGUUGCCGGUGGAGCAGCGAGAUUACUGCGCACACCACCUGCUCAAACUGAUGAAGUGCAAGAGGGACAAUUUCCCCAAUUUCCUGGCCUGCAAACACGAGAGACACGACUGGGACUACUGUCAGCAUCAGGAUUAUGUGAUGAGGAUGAAAGAGUAUGAGAGAGAGAGGAGACUCAACCUGAGGAAGAAGAGGCUCGAAGCACAGGCGGCAUAAAUACCCCACCUUCCUCUUCCUUCAUUUCUCAAUCACUUCCUAUGUUUGCUGUGUAUAUAAAUAGCUCUAAACUAUAAAGAGUAUCUCAUCUA